UUUUUCUGUUUUUAAUAGAUGUUCUUGGGUCAGCAGUAGGAUGGGCUAAGGUAAUAAAUGGAUGUUCAAGACUGCUGGAUGCCUUGGAUGCCUGGAAGAGCAAGUCCAAUACCUUCUCCCUUGGUGUGUGUAAUGGAUGUCAACUGAUGGCACUUCUAGGCUGGCUGGAUCCUCCUGGUCACCACCAGGAUAAAUCUUCAGCAGUUGUUUUAGCUCAGAACAUCUCUGGACGUUUUGAGUCUCGCUGGUCCAGAGUUGUAGUCGAGACUUCAAAGUCUGUGUUGUUGAAGGGCAUGGAAGGUGCAAAGCUGGGAGUGUGGGUGGCACAUGGGGAAGGUCGAUUUAUCUACUGCACCCAGCAAGUGUUGCCGGAGCUGGAGUCUGACGGCUGCACGCUCUCCCGCUACACGACGACCAGACCAACCCACUCACAAAACCCUUUCAAACCAAAGGGGACCCACAAGGAUUGGAGUUAUGAAGACUACCGACGUCAGCAGAACUUCUUAAAUCAGGCUGGACGCCAGGUGGCAGUUAGACAAGCUGGACGUCAGGUGACAGUUAGACAGCAGAUAAAAGAGAAAGCAUAUGGCCAGAAGGGAAAAGGCAAAGACAGUAAGGGCUUUGUGAAGAACCAAAAGAAAGAGAAGGUUGAGGAGUCAGCAAUGGCAGCAGCAGCAGCAACUGGGAUAACAGAUGAUCACAAACAACAUAAGACAGAUGAGAAGUGCUCGCCUCUCAGUCACCUUAAAAACAGUUUCAAAGAUUUCCAAGAAGGAACAGACAGCUCAGAAGAUAUUGGAUCAUGCGAGGAGAGUGAAGGAGAGGCUGACAGUGCUGACAACGCUGACCAAACUCAACAAAAGAACAAAAUACAUAAAAAGAUUAAUAAGGAAAACCAACUAGAAGAAAUCCUCUCGGUAAGAAUGAUGUUGUGA